CUUAAGUCAAGUAUAAAUACGCAAAAAUGCACUAAAGUACAGUCAUGAAAAAUACUUUUUCUUUGUUACAUUCGACCACUGCUAAGAGGAAUGAAGACCUUACAUCUGUGUUUUGUGUCACAUCACUCAAACGGUUUCCGAGCUCAGGUUACAAUAAGUCAAUAAAGGUUUUUGUCUGCAGAUACCUCAUCCACGGUCACCUCCCUCACGCGUAUGUAAGUCAGAAGGAUGGCUCUGGACAGCGGAAGGAAGGAGCUGCUGUGGAACACGCUGAGGGAGCUGGGGGAGGACGACUUUGAGUCCUUCAGGUUCCACACGGACCUGCCUCAAAGCGUACGCGAAAACCCUCGCCGGGUGUACAUUACUGACGAACUGAUGAAGAAGCACGGCGAGAACACUCUGGACCAGACCAUCAUGCUUCUGGAGAAGAUCGGUAACAACAAUUUGGCCGAGAAGCUGCACAGCGACAUGGUGAAAAUAAAAGGCACAGACUUCUCCGUCCACGAUGACGAUCAGAUAGCCAGAUUGAAGAGGGAGCUCCAAGACAACCUGCGACGUUUAUACAGGUUUGCUUCUGAGGGCAACACCGAGCGCUGGCAGCAGCAGCAGCCCCUGGAGGACGUCUACACGCAGCUAGACAUCACCUACGGGGCAGACGUCAGCCCGGACGGGCGGCAUGAGGUCCUCCAGAUGGAAACGUGUGACGCCGCGGCCAAGCGGUCUAUCCUGCCGUGCGACAUCUUCAAAAGCCCCGACGGGAACCGGCGACCGAUACGCACGAUGCUCACCGUUGGCUUUGCGGGAAUAGGAAAAACCUUCCUGAUUCAAAAGUUUGUCUGGGACUGGGCCAGCGGUAAUACUAACCAGGACGUGGACUUCAUAUUUCCUUUCACCUUCCGCGAGUUAAACAUGGAGAAAGGGGAGAGCUUUACGUUGGCCGAGCUGAUCGGCGGAUACAGUCACAUGCGCGAGAGACUGAACGAGAUAUUUAUCUAUCUGCAAACUUCUGGGAAGCAGGACUUUGAAAGCAGCGGGAUCAAGAUCUUGUUUAUCCUCGACGGACUGGACGAGUGCAACUUCAAAAUUGACUUGAAGAAAGCGAGAAAAGUGAACAAGAACGUGAAGGAAAGCUACCCGCUAGAAGUACUGCUGGCGUAUCUCAUCAAAGGGAACCUGCUUCCGUGCGCCAGGGUUUGGAUCACCACGCGGCCCGCGGCAGCCCGCGAUAUCCCCGCCGAUCUCAUCGACAGCAGAACAGAGGUGGGAGGAUUCAGCGAUUCCCGGAGGCUGGAGUACUUCAGGCAAAGGUUCCCAAAUGAGGAACGCGUCACUGAGCACAUUCGGAAAUCUCGCACCAUCUUCAUCAUGUGCCAUAUUCCCAUCUUCUGCUGGCUCACCGCCACAGUUCUUCAGGUUCAUUUGGACAAAGGGAAGGAGGGAGAGCUUCCCACAACGCUGACUGACAUGUACUCGGCAUUUAUUGGUCACCACCUGGAAAACUCCAAGGAGAGAAAUACAGCGGAGUACAUCCCUGACGUGAAAGCGCUCGCCAAGCUGGCCUUUGACCACACCAUGAAUCAGCGUCAGAUCUUCUACGAGAAAGACCUGGAGGACAGCUGCUUUGAUUACAGCCAAGCAGCAAAACACUGCGGUUUAUUCACAGAGGUCUUUAAGGAGGUCCAUCCGCUCAAAAGGAAGAAACAAAAGAUGUUUCAGUUUAUCCACCUGACCAUCCAGGAGUAUCUGGCCGCACUGUACGUAAAGAUGUGUUUCUUCCAUGACAACAAGAACGUACUGGAUACAUCAAGAUGGAAAAAAUUGUUCAUGUCUAUUAAGCGGAAGACAAUCACUGAGGUCCACAAGUCAGCUCUCCAGAAAGCCUCGGAAAGUGAAGGAAACCUGGAUAUGUUCCUCCGCUUCCUCGUUGGCCUUUCAUUGCCGUGCAACCAGGAAAUAGUGGGGAUGCUGCUGAAGGUUCCUCAUGACUGGGAGCAAAGCAAGUCAAAGACGGUCAAGUUGAUACAGAAAAGGAUCAAACGAAACACUCCAGAAAAGAACGUCAACUUGUUCUACUGUCUAAACGAGCUGAAAGACAACUCCUUACUGAAGCAGAUCCAGCAUCAACUAGUUUCAGGACGUUUGUCCUGGCGUCAAAUGUCAAAUGAUAUGUGGUCGGCCCUGGCCUUCUUCUUACUUACGGACGACGAAACCAUGAAGUCCUUUGAUCUUCGCCGCUACUCCCCAUCGCCUUUGGGACUCAAGAAGCUUCUGUUGGUGGUCAAGGCUUCUCAAAAAUCAGUUCUAAGUCAAUGUCGCCUGGACAAAGGCAGCUGUCACCUGCUGAAUUCCGUUCUCAGUUCUCCAUCCAACCUGAGGCAUCUGAGUCUGGGCUUGAACCAUCUGUCGGACGAGGGGGUGGAGAUCCUCUCAAAAGGACUGGCCAGCCCACACUGCAACUUAGAAGUCCUCAAGCUGUCCUCCUGUGAGAUCACCAGUAAAGGAUGUGUUUCAUUGGCUGAGGCACUGAAGCUAACCCCCUCCCAUCUUCAAGAGCUGGACCUGAGAUGGAACAGUCUGUUGGAUGAAGGGGUUGAGAUCCUCUCGAAAGGACUGGCCAGCCCAAACUGCAUCUUAAAAGUCCUCAAGCUCUCAGGUUGCAAGAUCACAAAACGAGGAUGUGUUUCAUUGGCUGAGGCACUCAAGUUAAACCCCUCCCAUCUUCAAGAGCUGGAACUGAGCUUUAACGAUCUGUCGGAUGAAGGGGUCGAGAUCCUCUCAAAAGGACUGGUCAGCCCACACUGCAUCUUAAAAGUCCUCAAGCUGUCAAAGUGCGAGAUUACGGUUAAAGGAUGUGUUUCAUUGGCUGAGGCACUGAAGGUAACCUCCUCCCAUCUUCAAGAGCUGGACCUGAGCGGGAACGAUCUGUCGGAUGAAGGGGUCGAGAUCCUCUCAAAAGGACUGGCCAGCCCACACUGCAUCUUAAAAGUCCUCAAUCUGAAAAACUGCAAGAUCACCAGUAAAGGAUGUGUUUCAUUGGCUGAGGCACUGAAGGUAACCUCCUCCCAUCUUCAAGAGCUGGACCUGACCUGGAACGAUCUGUCGGACGAGGGGGUUGAGAUCCUCUCGAAAGGACUGGUCAGCCCAAACCGCAUCUUAAAAGUCCUCAAUCUGGAAAACUGCAAGAUCACCAGUAAAGGAUGUGUUUCAUUGGCUGAGGCACUGAAGGUAACCUCCUCCCAUCUUCAAGAGCUGGACCUGAGCGGGAACGAUCUGUCGGAUGAAGGGGUCGAGAUCCUCUCAAAAGGACUGGCCAGCCCACACUGCAUCUUAAAAAUCCUUAAGCUGAAAACCUGCAAGAUCACCAGUAAAGGAUGUGUUUCGUUGGCUGAGGCUCUGAAAUUAAACCCCUCCCAUCUUCAAGAGUUGAAUCUCAGCAACAACCAAAUAGAGGAAAAACAAAAUAGGGUUUUAUUGGAGAUCAAGGAGGAUCCCAGCUAUAGCCUGAAGACUGUCAAAUUUAACCCGUGGGACUAGGAACAACGUUUGGUCCUUGGCGUCAAGAAGGGCGAAUCAUUCCAAAUGUUCAUUAUUAGAAGACGUCGAGUCCAUUUGGUCUCCUUCAGAUCUAGUUUGGUCUCACGUACUCUCUGACGAUUGCUCGAGGACCAGGUGUCGGCGCUACGGGCAAAGCGGCCUCGCUUACAGAAUUCGAGGAGGUCGUCGUCGGGUUCUUUGCAGCCACAAACUGAGUAGGAGUUUUACUUCAGUGUCUCCCAGUCAAUAUGGAUUGGACUUCCAGCAGCAUCACUAGCAGCCAUUGAGUUAAAUUUAGGGCGGGGAAUGACAAUUCAUGCAUGAAAGGUUACAUAUUUUUUAACAAGAAAACUGUCAUUUAUUUGAAAUAUCUACUAAAUGGGUCACUUUAAUGUACAGGCAUAAAAAUGGGUCAGGGGUAAAAAAAGGUGAGAAGGGUGUGGAGGAAAUAUGAUCCGGUACACUGUACAAUUAGGGCUGUCCCAAACGACUUAUUUUCUCCCGAUUAGUCAGCCUACUAUUUUUACAAUUACUCGACUAAUGUAACCCCCCCCCCCUUUUUUUUUUUAAAUUUUAUUUUAACUAAUUUAGCAAUGAAAUUUUUGAUGGCACUUAUUAAUUCACAAAAACAUUUUGGAAUACUUAAAUUGUUUAUUAAAGAACAAAAAAACAUGUAAAUAACAAUAAAUCGCUAAUGAAUAAUAAGGUGAAAUGCUCAUAGCAUUAACUACUGAAAAAGAAAGGAAUGUAAACAGAUUCAGAACACUGACUUUGCCUUUCCAACAUAAUUCAAAACAAUCUUUAAAAAAAAACAAAAAAAACAAUAUUAGGGCUGUCAAAAUUAUCGCGUUAACGGGCGUUAAUUAUUUUUUUAAAUUAAUCACGUUAAAAUAUUUGACGCAAUUAACGCACUAGGCCCGCUCAGACAGAUUUAAAUGUCAGUACAGUGAAAGGCCAACUUGUUAACUGUGUUUUAUGGAGUUUUUCCGCCCUCUGCUGGCGCUUGGGUGUGACUUGCAUAUGUUAUGUGGCGUAAUGUCGCCCUCUGCUGGCGAUUCAGUGCAGCUGAUUAUUUGGGUUUCGGCGCGCUUUUUUGACGUGAUUAUAUGUCGACGCGAACUCACACUAAUAGACAGUGCUAUUCAGACCAGCUAACGUCCGCAUCCAGUAUUCAGUGACAGUUCUCAUAGCCCCAUCACACUGUUUGUGUCUAAUACAUGCAUCGCUUGUGAGUUAUAUUCCUCCUUUGUUUAUAUUCAUGAGCAUUAGAUAGUUAUUGAUGAUGUGUAUUUGAAUUUGUUCACCUAUAUGGUGAAAUGCAGUUACAAUGUUAGAUGCUUGUGAGCUAAUUGACUAGUGCUACUGCUCAAAUGGACACGUGUUUGUACAUUUUAUGUUAUUUUGUGAUUUAUGCAAGUUAUUGACACAUUGCCUUGUUAUUUUCAGUUUUACAAAAAUGACUUCAGUAAAGCCCAUGCAACUUUGCCACACCGUUUGAUUUCUUUUUGGAGCUUAUGUUCGCUAUCUGUCAAUUUGUGUACUCACACACAUUGAGGACAGAAUAGGGCUACUAGUUUAUUUUUUGAUUGAAAAUUUUACAAAUUUUAUUAAAACGAAAACAUUAAGAGGCGUUUUAAUAUAACAUUUCUAUAACUUGUACUAAUAUUCAUCUUUUAAGAACUACAAGUCUUUCUAUCCAUGGAUCACUUCAACAGAAUGUUAAUAAUGUUAAUGCCAUCUUGUUGAUUUAGUGUUAUAAUAAACAAAUGCAGUCCUUAUGUACCGUAUGUUGAAUGUAUAUAUCCAUCUUGUCUUAUCUUUCCAUUCCAACAAUAAUUUACAGAAAAAUAUGGCAUAUUUUAUAGAUGGUUUGAAUUGCGAUUAAUUACGAUUAAUUAAUUUUUAUGCUGUAAUUAACUCGAUUGAAAAUUUUAAUUGUUUGACAGCCCUAAUUAAUAUAUAUACUACACUAUAUAAUAGUAGUAUAAUAAUUAUUCAUUGCCUAUCAGAAUUUUCAUAAAGGGUGUCAUUUUAAAGCUACUGUUAUUGUAGAAUCUGAAUUCUGAAGUAUGUGGGAUUAACUCCAGAAAUCGUUAUUUGUAUGACGAACAUGACCUGCUUUUAUUUUGAAAUGUUCACCGGAAGUACGUUCGCUAAACCGCUAAGAGGAAGAUUUACACUCCGCAAAAAAAGCUCUUUUUGUCAUUGCAUGUAGUGUCAGUAAUCCACCCCCCCCCCCUUUUUUUUUUCGUUUGCAAAUGCCGUUAAGCAGCGAUAUUUCAAAUUUGAAGUGUCACCUUUUAAGAGCAAGUUUGCGUUUUGGAGACGACUACCAAUGUUUUAUAGUAGGCUAAAGUGGGUUGUCCUUUUUCCCCAUCAGCCUCAAUGUAGCAAUGUUAACGUUUACAGUGUUCAAUAUAGAUGUUUCAUUAUUUUGUAUGUCCGAACUUUAAUUCUAUGGCGUGUUGAUGACCAAUAAACAUCUGUGAAAAGAACUGGAGGCUCAUAUGCCAUCAACACGCAAGUGUACAAGCACGCACCCGACAAUAAACGCAGCCUUGAAAAUGACCGCGCUCAUUUUGAUUUACCGCGCGAUAAAUGGACUCAUGGCAUAUCGCGACAGGCAAUA